AUGUCAGCCUUCGUCGUUCGCCCGUCCAAUACGGAUAGGGAUGCGUUUCGCAUCAAGUUGACCGCCGUGUCUAUGCUCUCUCUGAAACUGAGAUCUGGAGAUACAUGUGAAAUUAGAAGGGUGGAACCCGACGAUCUGCAACAUGGGAGAAAGUUAGCAAUCGCCUGGGAGGCCUCAGGUGCAGGCAUGAGCGAUAAGGUUGCGCAGACCUCAAAGCUGCUGCAAGAGGUUUACGGAUUCAGAUUAGGCGACAAGAUCAUUAUUUCAAGAUCAUCCCAAUCAUUACAAAACGCCGAAAGAAUAUUUCUCAGCAACUGUGGAAAUCCCAUUGGACAGAAUGACGUGCAGUUCUGGCAGCAGUACGCUGAAAAGGCCAUCCCUACUACCAAUGAAUGUUUGGUGCACAGUCAAAAACUACAACUCAAGAUUGGCGAUGAGACGGCCGAACUUGUUGUGAAGGACGUCGGUAUCGCCAACGCCAUGAUCGCACGAGUAACAAGAAACACAAAGAUCCGAAUUGCUAGUGGUGACCACGAAGCAGCGCAGGCUACGAAAAUCGACUUUCAACCUAAGCAUCUGGGCGGACUGGACAAGCAGGUGCUACAGAUUCGUAAAAUUGUCGGCCGGGUAUGUCAGCCUGCUGUCAAGCAGCAUUUGAAGUCGUAUCAGCCAAAACAGGGGGUCUUACUGUACGGAGCAAAAGGCACAGGAAAGACUGCUUUCAUAACAGCCUUGGCUGAGUCUGGCUGGCCGAACGUCAUAGACUGGAAGCCUGGAACACAAAUACGCACAUCACCCGAGCCUCAGCUCAUUAUUAUACGCCCUGCAUAUCUGUCACGCAACUCAGGUGGUACAGCAAAUAGCGCAAACGAAGUUCAAUCCCUAUUCGAGCAGAUCAGAAAUACUCCAACCCUGGUGGUUGGCGAAGCGCAACAUCCCAACGACAUUGACCAGAGUCUACGAGUAAGAGGCAAGUUCUCUGCUGAGAUCGAACUACCCAUCCCUUCAGCCCAGCAGCGGAAAGAAAUCCUCUUGGCCAUACGCGGGUAUGAUCAAUGCCUCAACGAUGACCUCCUGCAACAAAUGGCCGAUAGAACCCACGGCUACGUGGGCGACGACCUGUACUCCCUCUUGUGCGAGACAGUAGAACUCUCAUACGAAGGCACCAUGUCAACGUCAUCUGCCCCGGCGGUUGCUCAAGACACAACGGACGAAACCAUGCCCAUUGUUAGAGCUACGGACGCCGACCUCAACGCCGCACUCCAACAAAUUCGCCCCUCAGCCCUCCAGGAGAUCUUCCUUGAAACUCCUAACGUGCGAUGGUCUGACAUAGGCGGCCAACACGAGAUCAAGCGGCAACUUCACAACGCCGUAGAUCGGCCACUAAAGCACGCAGACCGCAUGGCUAAACUAUCACUCAAGCCGAAGAAGGGCGUCCUUCUCUACGGCCCACCAGGCUGCUCCAAGACCCUCCUCGUCCGCGCUCUAGCCACAGAAGCGGGCCUCAACUUCCUGGCCGUCAAAGGUGCAGAGCUGAUAUCAAUGUACGUCGGCGAAAGCGAGCGCGCAACCCGCGAGGUAUUCCGCAAAGCCCGCGCCGCGAGUCCAAGCAUUAUUUUCUUCGACGAGAUCGACGCCAUCGCCUCAACGCGCGGCGGAAGUGACUCCAGCUCCAACUUGAAUGUUCUAACGACGCUGCUCAAUGAGAUGGACGGCUUCGAAGAGUUGCGCGGUGUCUUUGUCGUCGCCGCGACGAAUAAACCGCAGAACAUUGACCCGGCAUUGAUGCGCCCGGGACGAUUUGACAAUGUGGUGUACAUUGGCCCGCCGGAUUUCGAGGCACGCAAGGAGAUCUUUCGGAACCGCUUAAGUAAGGUUCAGUAUGUGCAUAGCGAGGAUCUGGAUGAGGGCGCUGGUGCGAGCGGGCGUCUGGACUUAGAUACUGAGGAGUUCGCGAAGGCGACGAAGGGCUUCUCUGGGGCAGAGGUGGUGGCCAGCCUCGAAACGGCUAUGGAAGGCGCCUUUGAUGAUGAUAGAGAUUAUGUCGUUGCCGAUGACGUUCGUCAGGCUAUUGGACGGACACCUAAGAGGAUUACCCAUGAGAUACUGGAGGAAUUUGAGGCUUGGAAUGCUGAGCUUAUGCGAUGA